CGGCGGAAGCGCGGUUCCAGUUCCGGGUGAGCGGCUGCGAGGAGCCGUUCUUAGCGGCCGCCGCUCGACUCUGUCCUGGCCUCGGCCUCGGCCCCGGCCCGCUGCCGCCGCCACCAUGUCGGUCCCCAGCGCCCUCAUGAAGCAGCCGCCGAUCCAGUCCACGGCGGGCGCCGUGCCCGUCCGCAACGAGAAGGGUGAGCUCUCCAUGGAGAAGGUGAAGGUGAAGCGGUACGUGUCGGGGAAGCGACCCGACUACGCGCCCAUGGAGUCCUCGGAGGAGGAGGACGAGGAGUUCCAGUUCAUCAAGAAGGCGAAGGAGCAGGAGGUGGAGCCCGAGGAGCAGGAGGAGGAGCUUGCCAACGAUCCCCGGCUCCGGCGCCUCCAGAACCGCAUCGCCGAAGAUGUAGAGGAGCGGCUGGCGAGACACCGUAAAAUCGUGGAGCCCGAAGUGGUUGGAGAAAGCGAUUCAGAGGUGGAGGGGGAAGCUUGGCGCUUGGAGCGGGAGGACACCAGUGAAGAGGAAGAGGAAGAGAUUGAUGAUGAGGAGAUCGAGCGUCGGCGUGGGAUGAUGCGUCAGCGAGCGCAGGAGAGGAAAACCGAGGAGAUGGAAGUGAUGGAGUUGGAAGAUGAGGGUCGAUCCGGAGAAGAGUCUGAGUCAGAGUCUGAGUACGAGGAGUACACGGACAGCGAGGAUGAAAUGGAGCCACGUCUCAAACCUGUCUUCAUCCGCAAGAAGGACCGGAUCACAGUUCAGGAGCGAGAAGCAGAAGCCUUGAAGCAGAAGGAGCUGGAGCAGGAAGCAAAGAGGCUGGCAGAGGAGAGGCGCAAGUACACGCUCAAGAUCGUAGAAGAGGAAGCGAAGAAGGAGCUGGAGGAGAACAAGCGUUCACUGGCGGCACUGGAUGCACUUGAUACAGAUGAUGAGAACGACGAGGAGGAGUAUGAGGCCUGGAAAGUACGCGAGCUGAAGCGUAUCAAACGGGACCGUGAGGAACGGGAAGCCAUGGAGAAGGAGAAGGCAGAGAUCGAGCGCAUGCGGAAUCUGACAGAGGAGGAGCGCCGCGCCGAGCUUCGGGCCAACGGCAAGGUCAUCACCAACAAGGCGGUGAAGGGCAAAUACAAGUUCCUGCAGAAGUACUACCACCGCGGCGCCUUCUUCAUGGAUGAGGAUGAGGAGGUCUACAAGAGGGACUUCAGUGCCCCGACCCUCGAGGACCACUUCAACAAGACCAUCCUGCCCAAAGUCAUGCAGGUCAAGAACUUUGGGCGUUCAGGGCGGACAAAGUACACGCACUUGGUGGACCAGGAUACCACCUCCUUUGACUCUGCCUGGGGCCAGGAGAGCGCGCAGAACACGAAGUUCUUCAAGCAGAAAGCAGCAGGCGUACGGGAUGUCUUUGAGAGACCCUCGGCCAAGAAGCGAAAAACCACUUAAGGGAGCGGGCAGGAAGGCAUGGUGCGGCUGAUGGCCGGGCAGGAGGGCACUUCUCUGCCAGCUGCCGGAGCCUGGGCAGGGACAGGAGGGACUCAGCACUGUGCCAGGACUCGUGUGGUAACAAGCCCUUCCUCUGCCCGUGCCACGCCUGCCCUGUCAACACGUGGUGCCCUGCUCCUGGCGCUGCCGAGACCCAGCGGGCUCCCUGCCCGGGCACCAUGGAGGACAGUGGCCUGUCCGUGCUGGCCAGGCCCGCGGCCGUCCUGAGGCUUCGGCAGUGCCCGACAGGGCUGUUUGGGAGCAUGUCAACGCCCCUGGCUCCAGUGCACCCCCUUUGGGAGGAAUUAAGAGACUUUUAUACCCGUCUGGGCCACAGCAUCUCCCUAUCGCUUGUACCUUCCCCCUUGUCAGUUUGGGCCCUUUUUCAGUGCGGAACAGCGGUGACCCCGUUUCUGCAGGGCUUGGCUUUUCUACCUGGGGGGGGGGGUGUGAUUUGAUUAAAGCCGUU